UCACUCUUUCUUUUUUAUUUUUAUUUUUAAUUCUUUGCUGUAACGUUUGGUUACUUAUUAUUAUAAUAAUAAAAUAAUAUAUAUUAAUAACAAUGUGUGGACAGAGGGAAACCCUGAAUAAACCCCACCAUAUAGCCUUGACACCUCUAUUUGCAUGCCAUUUUCUUGCAUAGAGUUGUUGUAAUUUUCCCUCAUCCUCUUCUCACCGAGUUCUCUCCCAAGAGCCAAAAACGCAUAUAGAGUGACAUAGAUAUAUAAAGCUCUCAAGAAGAAUAUCUCAACCAAGCGAAGCAAAUAUAAACCAUUUCCCCUCUUACUCAGAUGGCCGUUGAGGCUCACCAACUCAACCCUUUCCCCUCUCAACUCAUAUGCAACCGGGAAAUAAUGAAUCCCAUUGAGGCCAAUCUGUAUAACACCCACAUCGAUUAUUCUUCUCUUCUUCCAUUCUCGGCCACUACUGCCUUAACUGAAGCAUCGCUUCCACCGCCGCCGUAUAACUCUUUUGCCGCCGAUUCGUUUCUGCGAAAACCCGCCGUGAAAUCUGAGAGUGGCCUUACUUACAACAAUAACGACAACAAUUUUGUUCCCAUGUUGCGAAAGCGUUACAUAGACAACUCCAAUUCCAUCAACCACUUCUCUUUACCAUUUUAUUCAGACUCCUACUCUUUUCUCGGUCAAGAUAUUUCUGUUCAGAUGCAACAACAACAACUAGCCAUCGAUCAACUCAUUAUGCAACGAAUGGAAAAAGUUAGAGUGGAGAUAAGAGAAAAGCGGAAGAGGCAUGCGAGGAAGAUGAUUGAAGAGGUUGAAGACAUGGUGAUGAAGAAGCUGAAGGCAAAAGAAGAAGAGAUAGAGAAGAUAGGGAAAUUAAAUUGGGCUUUGGAAGAAAGAGUGAAGGCUCUGUGCAUAGAGAAUCAGAUAUGGCGUGAUUUAGCGCAAUCUAACGAAGCCACCGCCAAUGCCUUGCGCACCAAUCUGGAGCAAGUGUUGGCGCAGCGCGGCGGAGUCAUCGACGACGAGGGGGUCACCGUGUGCCCCGCCGUAGUGAUGGACGACGCACAGUCUUGUUGCGGCAGCACUGGGGAUAAUGAGAAAGAGGUGUGGCGCAAGUUAGCAGGAUGCGCAGGGGUGAAGGAUAAGGAUGAAUAUGAAGAUGAUGGUUGUACUAGGACGAAAAUGGCGAACAACGGGAUCAGCAGGCUAUGCAGGAACUGUAUGAAAGUAGAGUCUUGUGUGCUGAUUUUGCCGUGUAGACAUUUGUGUGUGUGUACCGGGUGUGGGUCUACUCUGCACACUUGUCCCAUAUGUAAAUCCUUCAAGACUGCUAGCGUUCAUGUUAACAUGUCCUAACUUUGGAGAAAACUCUCUCUAGUCUUAGCCCAUUUACAUAGAAAAGUAAAAUUCAUUUUUCAUAUAUAAAAAAAGUUUUAUUUUGAUCCCAAAUUUUUUCUAUUUUUUCCUAUCCAGUAAAGUUUGAAGGGAUAAAAAAUAAUCUAAUAACGUUUUCAGUCGAGUGUCUAAGGAACGAAUAAAAAAUAUUUAAUUUGAAUUUCAUAAUAUACAAAACGAUGUAUUCCAUAAGGCACAAUUUCCUUGACCAAAAAUCAAAAUCGAAGUUUAUGAGAGUUAGGUUCUCGAGUUGUUUAUGGAACGAUGAAAAAUGAACAUAGAUAAGGUGGUGGAGUUGGGUGGCGCAUUCGGAGCUGUGGAAGGUGAAAACGGAAAAAGAAAAGGGUGAGAAUGGGGGGACCCGCGAUGCAUCUACUGGACAGUUUCCCAAUACAGAAACUAGGUAACCCCGAUAGGAAGCGAUAAAGGUGCGCGUGGACACGCACAUCCCUACGCGCGUGGAGUCAACGAAGUGGAGGCAGAAAGCAACAGGUGUGCGGCAAAAGCUGACACGUAGGACGCGCGCAAAUGUCGCUGUUGUUGAAGAGUGCCUGCAACGGGCAUUUCUUAGAGCUGUGGGUUUAGAGCAAAGGUGGAUGCAUUUGCAUCAUGCACAAUCCAGAAACAGAAACAGAACCAGAACCCGACACGAUAACCGGUGGUUCCGAAGUAAAUAAUCAUAUUUAGUAUAAUUGUGAUGAUGAUAUUGAGAGGGGCAUAAGACGAGGGCGUUUUAUUUUUAGGGAAAAUACAAAAAAGGUGGUGUUAAUUUCGGAGGCGGUGCAGGUGGAUAUCAUGAUCGUUUUGGGGAGUGAAAAAGAGAGGGGGUUGAGUGCGGCGUGUCAUAUGAAACUUACUGUGCGACUCUCUCGUCACUGUUAAAUAGGGAGUGGAGCUAGGAGUAGCUACUCCAAUUAUAUUCCUCUUCCUUUAUGUCAAACUCACUGGAAUUUUAAUUAGAAAAAUUGAAAAUUUACUGU